AUGGUGCGCGUCGGCCGCGGCCGUGCCGAGGCCUCGCCUCCUGGGGCCGCAGAUGCGGCCGCGCCUGACCCCUGCCCCACCUGGGCGGCAGAGCACGUGGAGGCGCGGGCUGACAACAAAGCGCUGGCUUACAAGGCGCAGCAGGCGCAGCGCGCCCCGCUCGCCCUCGCUUUCCUAGGAGACUCGAUCACCGAGGGGCUGAACGCGUGCGGGCGGCGGCUGGCUGCGGCAGAGUCGGCGUUGGGAGGCGCCGUGGGGCUGUUUGGCGUGCCGGGCGACUGCGUGGAGAACCUGGCGUGGAGGCUGGGGCACGGCGGCAUGCCGCGCGCCGCCGCCUACUGCAUCCAAAUAGGGACGAACGACCUUUCCAUGGGCGAGGCACCCAGGAGCCUAGUGGCGCAGAUUCAGGAGCUGGUGCAGUACGUGCGGUACCAUGCCCCAGAAGCCCACAUCGUGCUGCUGAGCUUAUUCUAUUUGGAGGGGAUGCAAGCCAAGGCCAAGGCUGUGAAUAAUGCGCUGCGCAGCUUUGCGGCAGGCGCCGGCGACCCGCACCUGCACUACUCUGGUGCUGGGGAGGACCUGCCUUCGGAGCUGUUCCCUGACGGAGUGCACCCUGUCAAAGAGGCAUAUGAUAUUGUGCUGGAUGCCCUGGUCCCCUUCGUUCAGCAGCUGCUGCAAAAGCAGUAG